CGGUCGGUAUCCUGUCCCGCCCAGCUCCGGGGUUGGCGGCGGAGAGGUCGAAGCGAUCCCGGGCUUGCCUGGCUGCGGCUUGCGGGCAAAGGCUUGAGUGUUGUUUUCCGGAUCCUGAGGUCUGGAGGCGGUGAAGGCAGCCCCCAACAGUAAUUGGAAGUGUUUUGAAGCCAUUCCUGGCCAAAGCAUUCCUUACAGAUGAAGACUGGCAUUUCCUCAGACUGGUAGCUCUGGGAGACUGACCAGCCCAAGAGGAACAAUCCAGGAUACUGACAUCAGAGGCUCCGCUGGAAAAGGCCCACUCAGAACACCUGUCAGUGAUGAACGUUAUCCACAAAAGUGGAUUGAUUUCUAUGUUAACUGAAAAUGGCCAAUUCUUUAAGAGGAGAAGUACUGAACCUUUACAAAAAUCUGCUGUAUCUUGGACGGGACUACCCAAAAGGAGCAGACUAUUUUAAAAGGCGUUUGAAGAAUGUUUUCCUUAAAAACAAAGAUGUGAAGGACCCAGAGAAGAUCAAAGAACUUAUUGAACGAGGCGAAUUUGUAAUGAAAGAGCUAGAAGCCUUAUACUUCCUUAGGAAAUACAGAGCUAUGAAACAACGCUAUUAUUCAGAUAUCAACAAAACUAACUGAUCAUUAUUAUUGUAGACUGGCUGAAAAAUCAGUACCAGCUCUUUACAUAUAUAUGAAAUAUUGUGAAAUAAACCUAAAAAUGGCAACACAUAUGUAAAAAAAUCUGAGCUGUCUUACUGAACUAAAGUAACUUUGUCUUUACUGAUAUCAAGAGCUUUGUCCACAACAGUGUUAAACUUUUAUUAUGAAAAUAACUAUACUAUCAGUUGUAAAUGAGUACUCAAUAUAAUACACUUAAUUCUCCAUUUUAUUAAGAAUACCAUUUAAAACAAUUUCUUACACAUUUAUUGAUAUACCUACAGCACAUAUUUAAGGUCUAUUACAAAAUUAACAGACUUCAGUAAUGAUUUAAAUGCAAUUCUAGAAAUAACAUGAAGAUUAUGUCAGUCCUUAAAAUGGCCUGCCAAGGACUAUGACUGGCAUUAUAUAACUUCAGUUAUUUCCAUUAAUUUUUGCUGCUGGCUCCUUCUGGGUCUUAGAACAGUAGUUCUGUAUCAGUUUUUUUUUUCAUAAGUAAUAAAUCAUGUUAACUUUAUUUUGUCAUAAAAGCAACUUGUUUUGCAUCUACUUCUAUGGGUUAACGUGGCAAUGGACUGAAUCCAAACAUGAUUUUAUGUUUAAGUAAACACAAACCUUUUUAUAAUAUUCAUAGUAACUUCUAAAAAUAAAUAUUUUUAACUUAGGAGCUACUACAAGGUUCACUGGUAUACUUACGUUAGUUUUUUGUGGAUUACAAAGUAUUCCAUGUCAGUUGUGGGGCAAAUGUUUUAAAUUUCCAUCUAGAAAUACACAUUAUCGGGGCCAAGGAUGUAGCUUGGUGGUGAGCCACUUGCCUAAUAUGUUUAAGGCAUUAGGUUCAUCCUCCAACACCUUAAGGGAAAAAAAGAUUUAAAAAAACCAAAAAACAAAUACACACUAUCAUGGUCACUAUAACUAUUUUUUAUUACAUUACGAUAGGAGUGGUACAGUUCAUGACAAAAAUAUUACAAAUUUCAUAUCACUUCACAGCACAUACUCCUAUAAACAUUUCAAAGUUAAUUUUAAUUAAAAGAGUGGUCAUUUUAAAAUUUAAUGUUCGAUAUGACCAACAUUCCUAGGUCAGCGCAACCAAAUGAUGGAAAAACAACUGGAUCACACUGCAUAUGUCCCACAAAAAAAGCACAAUGUACAAAAUGUGCAUGUUUCAGUUUACACUAUACAAAAAUAGUUAAAAUACAUUCCAGGUAAACAUGUUACAUUAAGAAAUAGUACUAGUAAGAAAUUGGCACUCAAAGGAAAAAUGCAAAAGUAUUUUCAACAUGAAAACACAAGACAGUGGAACUGGAAACUUUCUGAUAAAAUAUUAACGGAACCCAUUUAGCUCUAAUGGGGUAUGGACCCUCUGAAAUUGAUGUAUUUUGCAGAUAAACUUUCUUCCCCCUAAAUUCCUCUAAAAUGCCUAUCAUCAUCCAAGUAGGCACUUCAGACUAUUGAACUAAAACACAAAUCUCAAUCUAGUUAUGACUAUCCUUCCAGAACAAAGUAUAUCUUUAGAAAUUUUCAUUUGGACAAGAUUUUACAACUGUCAGUUAUCUGCUAUUCAGUUUCUUAAUGCAGAAUUCACACUACCCAAUAUUAACAGAGGUUACUAAAUAUAAACUCAUUUUUUUUGAUGGAUUUUUAAAAGAAAUUACUUUAGAUGGAAAUGAUUUCACGUAAUUUUUACUGUCUACCCCCAAAACAUCCCUAAAUGUGUGUAACAUUGUUUGGGAAAAAUGGUUAGAUGAAAAUCACUAGAAUACAAACAGAGAUGAGUUUGUGCAAACUAACUUAACAUGCCUCACAAUGGUGUGUGUGUGUGUGUGGACAAAAUUGUGCAAUGGUGGCAGAAGGAUAACCUGUAAAAGUUAGAUUCUAAGUUCUUAUGCAGUGUGACUCAGUUAAUAGAGCCUAGAAUUCUUAACUGAGAAUAUUCAAAUUAUGCUAUCGAUGUCUGCUAUAUUCUUCCCACAAACAUGUUAAUGCCUAAUACUAUGUAACUUAGCACUGUUUUAAACUUCAACAAGGAUUUUAAUCUUUAAGGCUGUAGUAAUUAGAUAACAUUUAUUUCUAGGAUUUGCUCCCCUUUAAAAAUCUCUACAAAAACCUUUUGUUAAACCAUUCAAAAUUCACAUAAUAAAGGAUAAUUACUGCUACUUUAAAAAAAUUUGCCUAGCUACAUAAAAAAUUCAAGAGUCCUAAAUAUCCCAUUAUGCACUGCAGUUCCUGAAAUAUGCUCAUUUCUUUCACUGUGUAGAAACUAGAGGAGGUACUGCACAAGUCUUAUAACCCUAUCUAGACAAUGUUCCAUAAAUCUGUAGUUUAGUAAAGCAUUACACAUGUCAUACUUGGUUUUUACAGAGGUUUCCUUUUCUAUGAACUAGCUCAGGCACCUGUUUAUUUGUACCCAAAUAAAACUAUAAUAUUUAAUUUUUAAAAGUCUGCUUUAAUUACUU